AUGACGACGACGCAGGGCGCGAGGAAACUGUCGUCAUCGAUCGCUAACAAUCAUUCUGGCGGGAAAACUGCCAUCGCGCGUGCGGCGCGCGCGCGCGCGUUGACGACGCCCGCGCGAGGCGGACGCGGGCGUGUGAUCGAUCCGCGCGUCGUGCGGGCGGCGCCUGCGCGCGCGGUGGCGGACGUCGGCGGCGAGGGUGGGGGCGCGACGAUUCGCGCGAGCGAGCUGUCGCCGGCGCACUCGAGCGUCGAGCGAUGGAUCGUGUUCAGUGACUUGCACGUCAGUAAACGCACCAUGGAAACGUGUCGACGGGUGCUCGAGCGCGUGCACGCAGAGGCGCUGAAACGCGAGGCGGGAGUGGUAUUUUUGGGAGACUUUUGGCACGCGCGCGGAGCGAUUCCAGUCGAACCGCUCAACGAGGCGCUGGCGUUGAUGUCGAGCGCGAAGUGGACGGCGCCGACGAUCAUGAUUCCGGGGAACCACGAUCAAGUCACCGCCGGAGGGUUAUCUCACGCGCUCACGCCGCUGGCGAAGGCUAAUCCGAACAUCGUCGUCUUUGACGGGCCGACGCUUUACGGCGGCGCGUUGUGGUUGCCGUAUCGCCGAAACUCGGAUGAACUCAAGCGCGCGAUCGAGGACACGCGAGGCGAGUUCAACGCGAUAUUUUGUCACGCCGAUGUCGUCGGAGCUAGCAUGAACGAGACGUUCCAAGCGCGAGAUGGAUUAGACCCCGCGCUCUUCGGCGGCGCGAACACGUACACGGGACACUAUCACAAACCGCACGUCGUUCCGAACACAAACAUUACGUACGUCGGGUCGCCAUACGAAGUCUCGCGGUCUGAAGCUGGACAAAAGAAAGAGUUCAUCGUUCUUGACUCGCAGACGUGGGUCGAAGGCGCGAAUGCGCGCGUGAGUUUGGACAUCGGGCCGAAACAUUUCGCCGUCGAGGGCGUCGAUGCGAGCGCGCCGCCGACGGCGCGUCCGGGAGACAUCAUCCGCUGGACGCUUCCGAUCGAAGCCAUGGAUGCGGUUUCCGACGCCGUACCGUCAGUGGUGCAGAAAGCUCGGGACCAGGGGUUCAUCGUAGAGGUGUGCUACGUCACCAAGGAUCUCACGGCGCGCAUACCAAAGGCGGAGGAGCUCGGGCCCGCGGGACUGUUCGAUGCAUACGCCGUCGCCAGCGAGAUGGCACCGAGCGUCAGCGCUUUCGGGCGCAAAGUUUUACAAGAAGUCGCCGCGUCUGAUGAUGCGCCCGAAACGCGCCGACAAUCGAAAGGUGUGAGCGUUUCUUUUGAGACGGUGGAAGUAGAGGGAUUUGGAACGUUUCAGUCGGCGACGCGUUACCCGCUCGGCGCCAGAGGAGUGUGCGUGGUCGUGGGAGAGAACAAAUCCGACACGUGUUCGGAUUCUAAUGGUGCGGGGAAGACGACGUUAGUGAUGUCCCCGAUGUGGGCGCUUACGGGACAGAGUGAUUUGCGAAUCGACGGCGCGGGAUCGGGCAAGUCGCUCACAAAGUCGGACGUCGUCAACGAUUCGUCGAAAUUCGGCCGCGUUCGCUUAGAAGGGUUCUUGAACGGUGGCACGCCGUUUUGGGUGGAACGUAAAGUGAACAGAACGAAAUUAGUGAGCUUAAAGUACGCCAUUGAUGGCGAAGAAAAGACGAUGGCUGAGUCAAAACUGACGCAGCAAGGCUUGAACGAUGAUCUCGGCGCCGACGUCAUCGCGAACACGACGUUUCACGGUCAGCACACUGUAGGAGCUUUGCUCGACGCGAACGACGCUUCGUUGAAAGCGGCGCUGGGUAAACUCGUCGAGGCGGACACGUGGACGAAGGCGAAGGACAUUUCUCGCAAGCGAGUUACCGAGGCGAGAGGAAACGUCAACGCCAUCGCCGCCGAAGUCAAGGCGCGGGAAGAGUACAUCGCUCGAACGCGCCUUCGACGCGAUCAAGCGCACGUGGAGAGUGAGAAGUGGGAAUUCGAGUACAGGCGCCGCGUGAGCGAGCUUGAGACGAGCUCGAGCGCGGUUUCAACAACCUUCACGAAGUAUUUAGCGAGGACAAAUCAUUUCCUCCAACGAUUGAGUCGCGCGAGCGAGGCACUUGAAGUGACGUCGAGUCACGCCGAACGCGUGCUAGACUCGUCACGAAAUGACUCUGAUGAUGCGGCACGUCGCUUUGAAGUGAAAGAAUCCGAGUUCGAGCACAAAACGUCCGUCAUCGAAGGCGAAAUCGAACGACUUAACGGUGUCGUACGCGAGUGGCAAUCCAAGGAGGCGAGCGCGGGCGCCAUCGGACGUCAAAGUCACGCCGCAGUCGGUAUGUUCGCGGGCGCUGGAGGCACACACUCGCAUCCAGAUGGUGUCGGUACGUGCGAUCGUUGCUUACAAGCCAUCGACCCGACGCAUCACAAAGAAACGCUCAUAAAAUUGAAGGAUGAAGCGCGAAAGACGGCGAUUGAGCACGGGAACGCCAUCGAGCAACUCAAGCGCGCCACGGCGGCUCUGAACAAGGCAAUGGAUGAUAGACGCAAUCUCACCGAAGCAGCCGCGCUUGCACGCAAAGCCGAACGCAUGCGCGCGGAAACCACCGCGACAGCUUCCGCAAACGCGACAGAUCAGUUGCGACAUUCUCAGAGGUCGUUGAGCCUCAUCGGCAAUGCGGUGGCGAGGGCGGAAAUGUUGUUAAACUCAGCGCCCGAGGACGUCGUCCACGAAGCGCUGACAAUGUCAAUCGAUGAUGCAUUUGCGAUGAGCGAGUCGACGAUCAGUAUAUCCGGCGCGUCCUCGAACGUGCUUGCGGGCCUCGAUCCCGACUUGACGCGAGGAUCGAUGUCGUCUGCGUCUUUGUCGAACGCCUCUCCGCAAAUCCAGCUCCUUCGCGACGAACAAAUGAACGUCGCCGACGCGGAUUUCGUUCGACAGUUGGUCAAAGGUGCAGAAGACGCCAUCAUGGAUGGCGAACGCGCCGGGCGUGACGCGGCACGACGCUUGCAAGAGCUGAAUGAGUUCUCGCGUUCGGCGCGUUCAAAUCCACACACGAGCGCGCUCGAAGAGCUCGACGCGCAACUCGCGGGUGAAAGCGAAUCUCUCGGCGCGAGAAUCGAAUCCUUGAAUGGCGCAAAAGAGCUCCUUGGCGUCGCUCAAGCCGCAGACACAGCGUUUAGCACGAAGGGCAUUCAGAGUUAUCUGUUUGAAGGCGCGCUCGGAGAUUUGAGCGCGCGCGUGGGUCAAUACAUGGACGCCCUCACCGGCGGUGCCUUGACGCUCGAGCUUCGUCCCGCGGGAGCGGCGUUCACCGGGGACGAUAACGACGUCGUGCAGAGCGACGUCGACGCGGACGAGACGGCGACGAGAAAGACGAAGAGCAAAUCGGCCAAGGCGCCCGCGAGCGCGAGCGCCGCCGAACGCAUCGAGCGCGUGAUCCACGCCCGUCGCCCCGACGGCAGUUUGAUCGCCCGUUCGCUUCGACAAUUAUCUGGCGGAGAACGCCGACGCGCCGCUUUGGCGCUCGCUUUGGCGUACGCCGAUCUCGCCUCGGAGCGAUGCGGCGUCGCGUGCGACGCCCUCGUCCUCGACGAAGUUCUCCAGCACCUCGACGCCGAGGGCAUCGCGCGAGUCACAUCCCUCCUCCGCGCGCUCCCUAAGCGUACGGUAUUACUCACGAGUCAAGCCGACAGCGCGACCGCGCACUUAUUCGACGUCGUUGACAAGGUUGUCAAAUCCGACUUCGGCUCGGGCGUCGUCGUCAGCGCCGGCGACGACGCCGAUCUCGUCGACCUCGCCGCGCGCGCCUCCGCCUAAGAAUUACUA